CUUGCGAUAAAAUGGCGGCUGCCUUGAAAUCAUGACCGUCUUUCUGUUUGGAUGUCAGCUUGCUGUGAAUACGCGACGCGUUAGUCACCACGAAUAGGAAUCGUAGAUCAGAGAUUAAGAUUGAUAGUCUGGAGGUCAUCUGAAGGUCAUAACACAUCAUUCUGUUACCAUGUCUUCCCAUGCUAGCUGUUUCCAAACAGAGAAAUCCAUCUACCCACCAGUGGUAAACAGAGAGGCUAAAGGUCAUGGUGUUGUGUCAAGUUACGAAAAACAUCUUUUAUUGCAUGACUUUGUGAUUCCGUUGGUGCAAGACCAAGAAGACUCUGACCCCCAACCACUGCCAACUCAGCAUAUACCGACCCCUAUUCAGUGCGCUCCAGCCCCGACAAAUGUCAUGGGCGACCCUGAUCUGUGUUUAUCGCCAGAGCGUCCAGUUAAGAAAGUCUCGAUCUCGCCUGGGAAACCGACAGUUCAUAAGUUUCAAGCUGCCGAUCCAGUGCAUGAACCCGGGCUAUCGAAUGGCAACUCUAAGCAAUUAAGGAAAUGCAGUCACUAUCGUGGUGUUGACAUUGACGUCAGACCUUUAACCGCGAAGUCGGUAGUCAGUAAAAAGGAACCGAGUCAAAGUAGCAUCGCUUUGAAGGAAAACAAACAGUAUCUCGGGAACCGAAUCACGACUGACGAUCGUGAAUGUGAGCUCACCAAACCGGUAUAUCAUUCUACUGUAGCACUGGGACAGCAACUCCAAACGUUGAAAGAAAAUAGGUUUGAUCCGCAGAGUGCUGUCAUGAAAGUAUUACAGUAUUCCGAGGAGACGCAUCAUGCCCUGAGUGAGCGAGUCGCAGAGACCGUCAAUGUUCCAGUCCGUGAAAAGAAAUACUCAGGUCUUAUUAGUGUAGAUGUACCCAUUGAAGAAACAGUGAGUCAUGUGAUAGAGGAAAAGAUGUCAAAGGUCAAGAUCAGACCAGAUAAGAAACCCAAGGAAGCAGAACCUGCAGCUCCAGAUAUCCUUGAAUUUUUCACUCCUGAUCUACAAGAAGAAACGGCACAUUGGUGUAAGCCAGCUAAACUCUCAGUUCCUUUAGAGCUUGCCCCGGACACUAUGGUGUUUGAUCUAUACAGACAUAUGCAGUGGUGGGAGCAGCAUUAGAAAUUAUUUCAUUUAAUUUCUUUGAAUUGUUUUACGCCUAGAUAUAUGUGAAUGAAUUAUAAAUUUCUUGUAAGGCUAAAUAAAAAUAGUGUAUUUCUGAUAUAAACCAAAUCUAGCCUUGAUUUAGCACAAUAGCUUAGCAUAUCUAGCGAUAAAGUAUGCAUGCACUUCCUGUUUCUAGUUCAAUCCUACUAAACCCAUAUUGCAAUCUGUACAUGUAUGAUUAUGAAUAUUUUAUUAAAAAAUACUCUCAUAUAGCAGUAUUGGUAAACAUCCUCAAUCAUAUUGUGGUGAUUAGUUUUCGUAAACAGUUCUGGUAAAAAAAAGGUCUCUGGGUCGAUAUGACGCUAACACUCACAGAUUAUUUGUGAACAAAAUAAAUAUAAAAUAAAUGUAAAAAAAACAAAGGAAUUCAAGGGCAGCAGUCGCCAAAGUGACUCAACUUGAUUUUUUUAAAUUUUAUUUUGGCCCAAAAUUCCUGUUUCCGCAGGAAUAGAGUCCCAAGCUAUGAUGACAACGCCAAAAACUCAAAUACAAGGGUAAACACUUGUUUGUAAACAAUGACACGCUAUGGCCAUGUGACGCAUACGCAAGUGACAACUCCCCCGCUUUAAUAGACAAUUUUUAUUUUAUAAGGCCUAAUUCAAUGCAACUAUGAACUGAAUCGUAUAGACUGCAAGUAUGAUGGUGUUUGUUGUCCAUGAUUACGAGUUAUUGAAAUCGGACUGAUUUUUAACAUAGCAAAGUCAAUGAUGUUGCCAUGACAGUCUACAUGUUCCAAAACCAAAAUGCAAGCAGUGUGAAAUUUUUACUAAUGUUUUACUUCUUUUUACACUCGAAUGCCAAGUAUAACUGUGCUGUAAAUAUUUUUUACUGUAAGAAAUGUUCAAAAUAGGUCAUACACACCAUUAAGGUCACACAUCCUGGUACUUUCUGGGGUCACACAUCCUGGUACUUUUUGGGGUUGCACAUCCUGGAACUUUUUCAGAGCGUAUGAAUUAUCAAUGACAAUUUUUUAUUUUUUCAUAAAUUGCGAAAAAAACACAAUAAAAACAGUUAAAAAUUGACAAUGUUAAAAAUUUCUAUAAAAUAUUGUAAAUUAUUGCUCAUAUUUGGUAACAAAUCCUCCAGAAAGUAUCGUUCAAUAAACUGGUUAAGAUUAAGUAAUUGCAUUUAUGUAUAAAGACAAUAAUUUGAAUAAUGAAUGUAUAGUUUGUUUUAAGACAGAAAAGAAAAACAUCCAUGGAUAAAUGAAUGUAAAAUAUAUGCUGAAUAAACCUGAAAUUAAAGUGUCA